AACGCAACGUGUAUCUCUCCAACCGCCGCAGCGUUUCUAAAAAGAUGGGUCGCCGCAAGUCUAAGCGAAAGCCGCCUACUAAAAAUAAGAUGACUGGGAGUCUGGAUUCUCACUUUACGUGUCCCUUCUGUAGCCACGAGAAGUCAUGUGACGUCAAUAUGGAUAGAAGCAGAAAUACUGGAAUAGUAUCGUGUUCAGUCUGUUUGGAGGAGUUCCAGACGCCAAUAACAUACCUGUCAGAGCCAGUUGACGUGUACAGCGAUUGGAUAGAUGCUUGUGAAUCAGCCAAUCAAUAGCCCUGAAGGACCUAGACUUGUGUCCAGACUGGAGGAGGUUGGGACU